GGCAAUCGUAACCGUUAAUCAGUUGUCAGCUGUCAAACAAGUGGAAUUGUAUUUGUCUCGAUCAAUCUCAAUUCAUCUUCGGUGAGCUUCUUCCUAUCUUCCUUCUGUGUACCUAAGGAGAAAUUGUUGUAAUUUUCCGGCAGAGAUGUCGACGGCUAGGGAUCCGAACGAGGAAACUUCCGGCGCAGACGCUAACUCCGGUUCCGUCGAUGGCGGCGGCAGCGGCGGAGGAGGAGUGGACACGACGCCUUUGCUUAACGACCAGAUCUUCCGUAGCCGGCGAUUCAUGCGCAAUUCUCCGAGCCUAAGAGGGGCGGCUCGGUUCCUGCGGCGAGCCAGCAGUCGGAGGAUGAUGCGGGAGCCGUCGAUGCGGGUGCGCGAGGCGGCGGCGGAGCAAAUCGAGGAGAGACAGAGCGAUUGGGCCUACUCCAAGCCUAUCGUCAUCCUGGAUCUCAUCUGGAACUUAGCUUUCAUCGUAGUCUCGAUCGCUGUGUUAGUUAUGAGCCGCAAGGAGUCGCCCUUGAUGCCUCUCAGGCUCUGGAUUAUUGGCUACGCUUGCCAGUGUGUGCUUCAUAUGGUUUGUGUCUUUGUGGAGUAUAGACGGCGGCGAAGUUCACCCGAGAGCUUGAGUUCUAGACGGAUAAGCGGAAGCAGAGGUUGGAGCAGUGCGAAUUCGAGCUCCGAAAGCGAUGAAGAGACUGGUGAUUAUGCCCCAGAAAGGCGCCAGAAUGAAGACGAACCCAGUGUUGCAAAGCACCUGGAGUCUGCCAAUACAAUGUUCUCAUUUAUUUGGUGGAUUGUUGGAUUUUACUGGGUAUCUGCUGGUGGUGAGAGGUUGCCCCAUGAUUCCCCUCAACUUUACUGGCUUUGCAUUACAUUCUUGGCAUUUGAUGUGUUCUUUGUUGUUAUCUGCGUUGCUGUGGCUUGUGUCAUUGGAAUUGCUGUUUGCUGUUGUCUACCAUGUAUAAUUGCAAUCUUAUAUGCAGUGGCGGAUCAGGAGGGAGCAACUAAGGAAGACAUUGAACAGUUGACCAAGUACAAAUUCAGGAAACUUGGUGAUUUUGAGAAACAAAAUGGUGAGAUUCAAGAGUCAUUUGGAGGGGUAAUGAUUGAAUGCGAUACUGAUUCACCCACUGAACAUGUUCUUUCUGCGGAGGAUGCUGAAUGCUGUAUCUGCCUCUGUUCCUAUGACGAUGGCAUUGAACUUCGUGAACUCCCGUGCCGUCACCAUUUUCAUUGUGCCUGUAUAGACAAGUGGUUGUUCAUAAAUGCCACCUGUCCUCUCUGCAAGUACAAUAUCCUCAAAAAUGGCAACCAUAGCGGCAGGGAAGAUGUCUGAGGACUCGAACGAAAAGCCUCGGUGGAUCCAGCAAAGCUCUGCCAAACAGCAAUAGGUGCGUCGGGUUUUCUACUGGAUCCGUGCACCAACUUGGCUGCUACUUGUGUGUGUAUUUUAGGCUUUGCCGCACUGAUACCUAGUUCUUUCAUGGGCUUAUUAUUGAUGCAUAUGGCUCAUUGUUUCGUUUAGUUACUGUGAACGUCUCGUUCUCGUGUAUACAUAUAAACUAUACAUAUAUAGAGUCAGAAAGUGUGUUGAAUGAAGUUCAUAAUGUUACGUUAUUCUUUGCUUA